AUGAGUGCUGGAGUGUUAACGUUGAAUGUAGAUGGAAAAUGUGGAAAAGAAUGUAAUUGUACAGGUGGUCAAAGCAUAGCCAAAUUAAAGGUUAGUAAGGAGCCAGACACCCCUGUAAAGGGUUUUACCAAAUGUAUGCACUAUCUUGAAGGUGGAAGUACAUUUAAGCUAAAUAAGACACUCGCCGGUGAUGGAGGUACUAUAAGCGCAACUGUAGGAUCUCCAGACGCACCCAUACCCAAUGUUACGGAAGUCUCUAUUUACUACUGGGAUGGAGCACCAGAUAGACCUAUCCUCAUUGGUAUUACCAAAAAGAGUAGUAGUGGUAAACCCACAUUCUAUGGCAAGAAUGGCACUGGAGGACACCUAUCUUGGUUGGCUGGUCAAGUUAGGGACCUGGAAGAACAACAAGCCCUAGAUAAACAAAACUGCUAUAACAAUGACGCCAUUCCAUUUAAUAUAAAGGAUUCACGUACAGGUGAUUUCGAAGAGUCUAAAACCACUUGCAUGCAGAAGAGCAGAAAAAUAAAAUCUACUACCUCUCUACCCGAUCCCCCUCCCGGGAGUGAAUAUGCAGUUACUUCUUUCAGGAUUACCGAUACUAGUGGCAAAGAUAAGGAGACAAAGAUCUCUAGAGUUACAUAUAGGAGCAAACCCACUGAUAUUCCUCCUAUUAGUGAGGCAAUUGAGAAAAUAAGACUUUAUUCAUAUCCUGGUAGUAGUCAAGUACCACUUAUGAUUGAGUUCAAGCCACCUGGUAAUGGAGGGUCAAAGUGGUAUUAUAGUGCAAAUCCAAUGGUACUAACUGGUUAG